AUGGGGGUGGGGCUGCAUCCCCAGCGGCACUGUUGCAAGCCCAGGGGGCAUCUGGACAUGAAGCAUGACUUUGUACACCAUAUGCAACAGAACCAGAUUGCCCAGGACGACUACGACAAGAAGGUGAAGCAGGUGGCCAAGAAGAAGGUGAGAAGGUGGCACAUGCCAGUGUCCCUGUGGCCCAGCAAGUCGUACCCGCAGAUGUACCUGUCGUGACGCCGUGAUGGCUACCACCCAAGCAACCCAGACUGUGAAGAGUCCAGUGAAAGCAGCAGUAGUGGUAGCUCCGAGCUGGAGCCUUCUGGCUAUCAGUUCUUCUGCUUAGAAUACAAGGCAAACAGUGGAGAGAUCACCUCAGUUAUUGUGUGUCAGGAUGAUGACCCAGGAAGGGUGAGUGAGGUGUCAGCACACAGGCCUCCGGACCCACCCAUGCGAGAGGCCCUCAAGUUUCGUAUCCAGGAGGAGAUUGCAAAGUACCAGAGCCAGCACAGAGCAGGUUGA